CCCAAAAACAAAAUGUCAGAUUAUUAGUGAAAAAUUUUGUCUUUCACCUUCCUUUUCUCUGUUUUCUCUUGAAUUUUCACCCUUUUCCGCUGGUAGAAAUUAUUGUUUCCUACCAAAAAAGUCUGUGAAAUGUGUUAGAGAGUGUUGUGCAAUAGAAAAGUGCUGCAGAAGAGGCACCAAUUCAGAGAAAUAAGAGACUGUUUGCGAUUGCAGAUUGAUCUAGUGUGUGGGAAAAAGUGGGACAAUUGAGGCAGAAAAAAUGGAUUCAGAGAGUCACACUUUAGAGCCACCGACAAAUUUUCAAAAUAUCAUGUCCCCGGAAAGUCCAAUAAAUGGUCGAAUAAAUACACAUAUGGGGCGGAUCCCCACGAGUAUGCCACCACCCCUGCCACCACGACUUCAGCCACCCAGUCAGGGUUUUGGGUCGUCCUUUGCACCGCCCUUUGGAGGCUAUCAGAGCAUGUACGGAGGGUACGGAAGUGGGGCAGGAUUUGGGGCGUACGGCGGGGGUUAUGGGGGCUUCGGGGGCUAUAGCAGCUAUGGGGGAUAUGGUGCUGGGCAAUAUGGACGGUACGGGGGCUACCGUGGAUACAACAUUGAUGCGGAAAAUCGGUUUAUCCAAAUGGCCGAGGAGACUUCAAGACCGGCUCUGCAGAGCAUUGAGAAUCUCGUGGCGGCAUUUGGGAACAUCGCAUCGAUGCUAGAUUCAACAUUCUUUGCCAUCAACAGCUCCUUCAGGGCAAUCCUUGGAGUCACAGCAAAUGUGGGCAAAUUGCGGGGGCUCUUCACCCAAUUCAUCUCAACCUUUACGCUUUUCAGGGGACUGACAUGGUUGUGGAGGAAAAUUCUUUACACAUUCGGCGUAUCGAAAAUUCCGCCGAAUGCUGCAAGUUUUGGGGCGGCUUUUGAGGCUGCAGCGGCUCAGAUGGACAAUCCCCAUGCGGGAGAGAAAGCUCCAGGACAGAAGACAAGCGCAUGGCCUGUUCUUCUCUUCCUGGGCUUUAUUCUCUCAGCUCCUUACCUCAUAAUGAAGUUCCUAGGAGUCGCAUCGACAACAUCUAUUGAAGAAAGCAAAAAUCCUCAGAACUGGACCAACUACAUUCCCACACGGGUUCUGUAUGACUUUGAGGCGACCAGUCCGCAGGAAUUGUCUAUCCAAACUGGACAGGUGAUUCGUGUGGCGCCCAAAGAUGUGCAGAAUCUGCAUUCGUUGAUGAACACGGGCUGGGCUCUGGCGUCAAUUGAUGGAUAUGUGUCUGGAUUGGUGCCCAUCAACUACCUCUCACGGCCCGGAGAGGUGCCCCAGCCAUCAAAUGGACUCUAGAAGGGGCUGCUCAAGGGGAGUGGAUUAUUCUUAAAGAAAAAAAAAAAACAAAAAAAAUUUAACUGGGAGGGUGAGAAAUUAAGUAGAGAGAGUGUUUGUAAAUAAGAAAA